AUGCGUCGUGUGGGCAUUGAUGACAGUCGUCUCUUCCAAUUGGCUGGACAGCCCUAUGCGCUCUUCGCGGGUGUGGCUCCAGUGGGUCAGGAGAGCCCGUGCCAGCACCGACAAUACCUCUGUCCGCUGCAGCUUCCGGACGAGGAGGGUCCGCCUCAGGACGGCGGGUCCGUCGUCAUGACUAAGGACUAUGCAGAUCAGCUAUCACAGAGGAUGAUGGCACAAGAUCGUUUAGGAAGUGUUCAUCAGAAGAACUGGAUGCCCUUCGUUGCAAAUGAUGAGCUCUACUUGAUCUUUACCAUUGAACCACUGCGGGUGAUUCGCGUGGACGUGAACUCAGGGCUAUGCAGCGAGGUGAGUCUUGUCCGGACGCCCGCCUUGAGAGCGUUGCAUCCAAAUCCGGAUGAAUUUCGAGGGCAUGGAGGGCCUGCCUUGGUGCAGCUGCCAAAGCACAUGGGCGGAGAGCUUCUGGGCAUGGCCCGAGUUCAAUCGGGGAAUUUGCUGUACAGCCACUUCUUCUUCACCCUGCAAGUGGAAUAUCCCUCCAUGCCAGUGCUCACGAAGGUGAGGUCUGCUCGAUGGCGGUCUGAAGGGUGGCCGUUUGGCAGGCCAGGCAUGUGCGAGGUCAUCCAAUUCGUGGGUGGCCUUCAUCUUCAGCAAGAUCAACUGGUCAUCAGCUACGGCGUGAACGAUUGUGAAGCUUGGUCUGUUGCAGCGAAGGCGACUGGCGGUGCGCCAGGGCGUGCUUCCUUCGCUCGUGGAACACGCAUGGCGUUGAUCUGUUUUUGA